ACAGGGAACAAAAACACAUGUUACGGACGGUGGGCGCGGGAUGGCAAAGUUCCAGGGAAAGCCUCAUGACGCCCCUGACCGACCUCUGCAACAUCGUCCACUCCUUCUGCUAUCAAUAUUCUUUGCUCGACCCUUUUCCUUCACCCUAUACACAGCCUCUGCCAGAGCGAACUCGACCUGCGCGAUCCCUAAGAACAGCGAUCCUGUCCGUCCCUUUUCACGUGUAAAUUAUGACAAGGUCAAAAGACACUCUCUCACGACAACGCCCUGACGAACGCUCGGCAUCAAAACAUCAAGUAACUAUCUCGCAAUCAAACCAGGACGAAAGCGUGCAAACGUCUCUCCCGGAAGAGCUGCGCGCCUCCACGCGUCAGAGACACCAUGCCCUGAAUAUCCAGAUCACUCGGCGGCUGCCAUUGUGUCUGCCACCAAUUGUAGACAGUCCACUCACUUAUACCAAAGGCAUGAUAGUCUUUGGCCAGAUAUACUUCGCUAUCGAGACCUUUCUGGAUGCACAACUGGCUUCUUCUCAGCUAGACCGGCGACUACGCCACAUCUACGAGCGCGUGUGCUUUCCCUGGCUGCUCAGGUCCCGCCGGCUCCAAAACGAUAUCGAAACACUCAAAUCAGACCUCCUGCGAUCUCAGAUCGAAGAGCUCGAAGCCUUGGUCGAGGAGUCGAGGGGAUUUCGUCGGCAAAUUGAGGGUUCAUUGUCGGCGAGACCACAUGUCAUGCUGGCUUAUACCUGGACGAUGUACCUUGCUCUUUUCAACGGCGGUCGCUGGAUUCGAGGCCAACUCGUCUCCGCAGGCCCAGAGUUUUGGCGUGCAGGUGCAUUCCCUUUAUCAUUUUGGGAUUUCCGAAGCGAAGGAGAGGUGAAUGGCGAUGAGCGGCUCAAAGACGAGUUCAAGGGGGGGUUUCGGGAAGCAGCAUCGUUCCUAACUGAAAACGAAAAGAGGGAUGUUGUUGAGGAGACUUUGAAUUUAUUCGAUCUGUUCGCCAAAAUGAUGCAAUUCCUCGACGACAAGACCACGACUUGCCCAUCUCAACCUGUCUCCGCAGGGCUUCCUUCACCUGCCGCUUCGUCGCAGCUCAAGAAGUCAAUUGGUGCAAACUCGACGAUGGGUUCUCUCUGGCAAUACAUGGUCUCUGCUUGUUCGCUGCUGGGGAUACCAGCAAGCACACCAGGGAGACAUAAAGCCACCUCAGCAGGCUGAAACUUGUGCACUGCUCCGUAUUAUUACAGUCAGCGGGUCUCCGACUUGAUUAAGAGGCAUACCCUAGUUUCGCUAAUCCAAAUCACCACGUGUCGCAUCACAAAAAAUGGGAUGUCGAAACAUUAAAACUGUGGUGACCACCUAGGUAUUAUCUGCAAUGGGAUGAUGUACUUGUCAUGCUGGCUUGUCACAACGCCUAACCUGACCAGCUAGAGGACAAGGGCAGGGCAUCGCGAUACCAAUUCUGAAAGCAAAUGCCUCUUUCUCGAUAAAGCGUAGGGGAACACGUGGAGGAGACAUUGUUC